UUUCCCGCGUGACAAGCGAGCUUUUCAAAACGAUUUUGAACUUGCAGCUGGUUAACGUUUUAACGAGAGUUCUUGUGUUACUUGCUGUUCCUGACCUGAAAUAUUAGAUGGGUUCUGUAACGUGUCGUUGAAUUCAUGUUGUGUAAUCAAACUAGGGCCCACAUUCUUCCAAACUGAUGUCUUGGUUGCAGACAAUCUCUAAUCCUCAGUAUGUCAUCCCAUGGAAGUGGUAGUUGAGUCACCCAGAUAGAAUGACACAGGGAGCCAUGUUCAUGACUGCUAUGACUGCUGUUUCUCUUAACUGUCUUUAAACAUGUUUCAUAUGGAAAAAUGGGGAGUAGAGAAGAAUUUUCAACCUCUGAAAGAGAAGAAUACAUCUGUAUCUUUGAGAGCUACAGUAAGGAGCAGCACAAAGGAGAGAUUGAGACUAUACUCCUCAAAGAAGAUGACAGUCAACAUUAUAGUAUUCAGAUUGAUGCUAUGACAUUGUUUGAGACUAAUAUGGAGGUGAGUGAUCUGAUCCUGAACAGUCCACUCAUCACAUUGCCAUUACUAGACAUAGCUCUUACCAGGAUAGCAAUGGAUGUUUUCAGGAACCAUCUAGAAAAAGAUAACAUGACUAUGAAGACAAACAUCCAUGGAAGGUUGUCCGGGUUACCAGCUUGUCCUGAACUUGUCAGGGAACAACUCCCAAGAAACACUGAUAUUGGCAGGUUUCUCUCAAUCUCAGGAACUGUGAUCCGCACAACACUGGUCAAGAUGCUAGAGUUUGAGAAAGAUUUCCUGUGCUCUAAAUGCAAGCAUGUCUUCAGUGUAGAGGCUAAUAUUGAAAGGUAUUAUAAUGAGUGCAAGCCAGACCGAUGUCCCAAUCCCGAGGGCUGCAAUUCUACCAAGUUCUCUUGCCUAUCAGGAAUGGAUAGUGAAGGGGUGCCCUCUAGCUGCCGAGAUUACCAAGAGAUCAAGAUCCAGGAACAGGUUCAUAAACUCACCAUGGGAACUAUUCCAAGGUCAAUGUGGGUUGUAUUGGAAGAUGACUUGGUGGAUUCUUGUAAAGCUGGUGAUGACAUCACAGUAACAGGUACAGUGAUGAGGAGAUGGCAAGCUACGUAUGUUGAUUCUAAAUGUGAAAUUGAGUUAGCUCUCAAGGCUAAUCAUAUCUCAGUGAAGAAUGAACAGAGAGAGGUUCUUACAGUUACAGAAGAAAUGAGACAAGAGUUUGAAGAAUUCUGGGACAAUCACAGGUUCCAUCCAUUAUCGGGACGUAAUAUAAUCUUAGCCAGUCUAUGCCCUCAGGUUUAUGGGCUUUAUGUGGUCAAGCUGGCAGUAGGGAUGGUACUUGUUGGGGGUGUAGCUCGACGUGAUGCUACUGGUAUAAGAACACGAGGAGAAUCCCAUCUUCUUCUGGUUGGAGAUCCAGGUACUGGGAAAUCUCAGUUCUUGAAGUAUGCUGCAAAGGUAGUUCCUCGAUCAGUAUUAACCACUGGUAUAGGAUCAACAAGUGCUGGUCUGACGGUUACUGCAGUUAGAGAUUCUGGAGAGUGGACAUUGGAGGCAGGGGCUCUUGUCUUGGCUGAUGGUGGUUUAUGCUGUAUUGAUGAGUUUAACAGCAUCAGAGAGCAUGACAGAGGUAGUAUACAUGAGGCCAUGGAGCAACAGACAAUCAGUGUCGCUAAGGCUGGAUUGGUUUGUAAACUCAACACCCGAACCACCAUCCUAGCAGCAACCAACCCAAAGGGGAAAUACGACCCAGGUGAAUCAAUCAGUGUAAACAUCGCCCUCGCGAGUCCAUUGUUGAGUCGUUUUGACAUUGUUCUAGUGCUCCUUGAUUCUCAGAAUGAGGAAUGGGAUAGAGUGGUAUCCUCAUAUAUUUUAGACGGAAAAGCACCAGCUCCAGAAGGAGCUCCGGCUAGUGAUCUCUGGAGCAUUGAAAAGAUGCAGACCUAUCUCAGCAUCAUAAAGACAAUUGACCCUGUUCUUACCCCACAGGCCAAUCUAGUUUUAUCCCGCUACUACCAAGCUCAGCGACAGGCAGACAUGAGGAACGCAGCUAGGACUACUAUUCGUCUUCUUGAGAGUAUGGUUCGUCUUGCCCAGGCUCAUGCUAGGUUGAUGUGCCAGACUGAAGUCAGGGUCCAAGAUGCAGUGGUUGCAGUCAGUGUCAUGGAAUCAUCUAUGCAGGGAGCUGCUCUUUUAGGAGGGGUCAAUGCACUUCAUACAUCAUUUCCUGAUGAUCCAGAAGAUGAAUAUCAUAAACAAGCAUCCUUGAUCCUAACUCAUCUUGGAUUGGAACAUCUUCUGGAGGAGGAGAUGGAGAAGAUGGAGAAUCUAGCGAGGGAAAGAACUCAUUCAGAGGAGGAGGAGAAAGAAAAGGAAAGGGAAGACAUCCGAGAUGAAACUCUGAAUCCAUUUGACAAUACCCUAGAUUCAACGAACAUGGAUUCUGUAUCCAACCUCACUGGGAUUGAUGAUGAAUCAAGGAGCAUGGUUAUACCAGACACACAGGAGAGUCAUGGAGGGCAUCAUCAAUCAGAUACUAAGAGACCAGAAUCAGCGACUAGAAAAUCUUUAAUUGACACGGGUCAAAGGUCAACAGUGGACAAUGGAUGUAAAAGUAAUGAGAAUAGUACUACAAAUAAUCAAAAUGGAGGUCAGAAUGAAUUAGUGGAAAACAACAGGACGGCUCUUAAGGAAAAUGGAAAGUGUAAUCUUAUGAUGAAUGAGGAUGAUGAUAGUGACAUUGUCAUGGCAUCUGUCUCCAGCCAGAAAAGUACGGGUAUUUCAAUCUCUGAUAACAGAAGUAACCGUGGUAAUGAAGAUCAAGAAAAGACUCUAUCAAAGUCUGAUGAGAUCUCAGUUGGUGAGAUUGAUUUAUCAUUGCCUAGAGAGAAAUUGGUAGGAGAAGGUGACCAACUAAAGAAGAGAAAACGCAUCUUGUCAAACAGUAAUAGAGAAAGUUAUGUUGAGGAUGAGGGUAGACAAGAAAAAAGGAAGAAGGUUAAAGGCAGAAGAGGUGAUAGAAAUUAUAUAGAGGAUCUAAAUGGAAAGAAGAAAACAAACAAUGAUAGAAUUGACAAUUCUGCAAGAAUGAUUUAUGAAGGACAGAUAUUGAAUGAAGAUAAUUUACAAGAUGAAGGAGACUUGUUGGACAAUAGUAAUGAUUCUUCUAUGAGUAGCACUAGUGCUUCAUUGGUUGAAAGUUUCAAAAGUAGGUGCAGUGAGAAAGGAUGGGCAAGAACAAACGAAAACAGGAAAAAGGUUUCAAAUAUAAAUCCUUCCAAAGCAAUGGACAAGUCAAAAGGGAAUUUUGCCAAGGAUUUGAGUCAUAGAGAAGAACCCAGUAACAAGAAAUCAAGAAAACCUAACUCUUGGGCUGAUGAAUUGGAUCUUGAAACAUCUCAUGAUGAAAGUUUUACUGAGCGGGGAGAUGAGAAACAAAGCAAGACAAAGUCUUGUAAAACUAAUCAGAAACCCUCAGCCCUCAUACUGUCUACGUCAAACCCUAAGCAGAUGUGCAGUGAUGACCAACAACCUAGGAGAGCUGUGCCAAAAACAUUUUCUAUCUCCUCAUCUUCUUCCGAAUCCUCACCAUUAUCAUCUGGAGGACGACGCCCUGCACUGUCUACGAUCAACAAACUAAAGAGUUUUACCUUCUCACCACCACCUGCUAAACCUGACAAAGUAGUGCCCCAAACCACUGGCUCUUCAGACAAGGGUCAAAGGAAACCUGGUAAUGUCAGUGAAUCUAACAUUGCUAAACCUGUUGGGAAAUGUGAUGCCUUAAAAGCAAAUGAUCCGAGGAAAAAGAGCAGUCAUGUUACUGGAUCUAUUUUUACCACUGGGGAUGAUAUUGAGUCAUUUGAAUUUGAUUUGGAUACAUCCCUUUAGAUGAAACCUUGUUUGAAAAAAAAAACA